AUGUCUACUCAUUCCUAUGCAGCAUCCAAACAUGCAGUUGUGGGACUGGCUAAGAACCUAGCUGCCGAGCUUGGGCAGCAUAACAUACGGGUGAAUUGCGUCUCGCCUUAUGUAGUGAGCACCAAUAUUGGACAAGGACUGGCUGACUUCACUCCCAAAGUAGAGGCCAUUUUGAAUGAAGUAGGGAAUUUGAAAGGGACAGUCCUCAAGGCUAGCGAUGUGGCCAGUGCUACGCUUUUCUUGGCCAGUGAUGAAGCCACUUACGUGAGUGGGCUUAACCUUGUGGUGGAUGGUCGGUAUAGUGUUGUCAACAGUUCAAUAGUGGUGGCAGUCAGGUCAAGUCUCCUUCAUGCCUAG